GGAUCUCUGGCACAACUUCAUCUACUGCCAAGGUGCAUGAUGAAGAAAAGAAGUCGGAAAACAUAAAGACAGUCAUGUUAGAGCAGGGACAGAAGAUUGACAGCAAUGCGGUCGACUGAAAAGGAGGAGGAGUGUUGGAGAAAAAAUAAUGACACAUUUAGUGCUGAUGCAUGUGGAGGAAUCACGAAUAUUUGCCAUCAGCAUUUGAAGGAGCAAUCUCAGUGUCAUGCCCGUGAUGAUGUAUCAGGAAAGAGAGGUGGAGUUUAUUUUCUUGUUCUGUUAAUAAUUCAUGCCAACUGUGUGAACGUUUCCACACCGAUUAAACGAAAUGUGGGAAGCAGCUUGUAUGGAUGAGGGAAUGCCCGAUAGAUCACAGAGGUUCCCCCCUCACAUGUUUUAUUCUUCAUAAUGAACAUGUUUGUGAGAGCCCUGGCUUUACUCUCCAACCCUCUGCCUCUGACUGACUAUUACAUUAUUUAUGAUGUGGGGAUGUGAGCCGUGCUGUAUAUCCUGAUGUACAUUUCCUCUGCUGAAAUGCAGAAAAGUACAAGCUGCUGCCUGCAUGUUAGGUCAGUUACGGUAUUCUACAGCUAUCUAGCUGUGGAGCAGAGGAGCAUGACGGAUGCAGAGAUAGAGAGGAGGGAGAGGACAAGGAGAGCACAGAUUGCUGCAAAUUCAGACUUUAUCAGCAGCCUCGUCUUAACCACAACAAAGGACCUUUUGUCAUCCUCACAUUAUGCUGAGGAAGGGCUUAGAGCCGCUGAAAGGAGACCGAGAGGUCCUCCUGGAUCUGGACUAUGGGGGUGAAGCCCAAACCACAGACAGCUAUGGAAGUCUGCAGAACGGGUGCUUCAUCCCGCCAAGAUAUCUUUCAGCUGCAGCUUGUGAUGAAGAUGCAGAUGGGGAUGAUAAUGACCCCAUCGAUAUUCACUUUAAUACAAGAAGUACCCAGCCACUUCCACAGCUGGGGAAUUACUUCACAGAUGGAAGAACCAAAAUAGACUUUGUGCUGGUGUGGGAGGUUCGCUCGCGGAGGAAACGGCGAGGCAAGGGGAAGGACAGGGGUGAGGUGACCGGUGAGGACGGGGAAGCUGUGCCCCCCGAGGAGAACAGCAGGUCUGAACGAAGGAAGGCAAAGCUGGCACAGUGGAGGGAGAAGUUUGUUCAGAAUCUAGAGUGUGCCGGAUUGCUGAUGGAGAAGGAGGAAACUGCGAAUGAAAAGAAAACAAUACAUUUUCUGAAACUUAGUGCUCCUUGGGAUGUGAUGGUGUAUCACGCUGAGGAACUCUGCCUGAGAGCUCCAUUGCAAGCACAGCCGCAUCAUGACUUAAACACAUCUGCUCGGGUACUGAGUAGACUAUGCAUCCCUAACGCAAUGACAGAGUCAGUACCAAACAGGCCGCUGGACUAUUACACAUGUGCCUUUCGCAAGUCAAAGAUGAACAGAUUCCUUGGCUGUGACAACCAUGAAACUUACUUCACUAAUACACAAAGACAUCGUGUUGUGUAUGAGAUUCUUGCCAGGACGGUGUACGGCAAAAGGAAGAGAGCAGAGGUUGGCGUGGAUAGACUUGUAAAUGAAGGGGCGUACACUGCAGCUUUCCCCCUGCAUGAGGGCCCUUUUCAACUUCCACGGUAUGAAAUCCGUCCUGAUGAGUUGAACCAGAGGCAGGUUCUUCACUACUACUGGGCCCGCUGGUGCAAAUGGUACAAGUACCAACCACUGGACCACAUCAGGGAGUACUUUGGAGAGAAGAUUGCCCUCUACUUUGCCUGGCUGGGUUACUACACAGCCUGGCUGCUGCCGGCAGCAGUGGUUGGGACCCUGGUCUUUGUGUCUGGAGUCAUGUCCAUGGGUACCAACACACCAGCUAAGGAAAUCUGUAACAGCAGCGCUAGUUAUCUGAUGUGUCCUCUCUGUAAUACAUGUAAAGCCUGGAACAUGUCUGAAAUCUGCACCAUGGCCAAGUUGGGCUACCUAUUCGACCACCCAGGUACAGUCUUCUUCAGUGUGUUCAUGUCCUUUUGGGCCGUGACGUUCCUGGAGUACUGGAAGCGAAAGAUGGCCACCCUGGCCCAUCACUGGGACUGCAUGGACUUCCACGAAGAAGAGGAGAGACCUCGGCCAGAGUUUGCAGCCAUGGCCCCAAGUAUGGAGCAAAACCCAGUGACUGGAGUCAAAGAGCCCUACUUUCCAGAGAAGACCAGACUGUCCCGUAUGUUCACUGGCUCCAUGGUCAUCAUUAUGAUGCUGUGUGUGGUGAUGAUCUUCCUGGUGACGGUUGUCAUGUGCCGCGGUAUCAUCAGCGUGAUGAUGUACCAUACUGGGAGCCCCGUCCUGCGCACAGAGGCAGGGACCAUAGCCAACAUCUCCAGCAGUAUUGUGAAUCUAGGCUUGAUCCUGUUGAUGGGCCGGGUCUAUACUGCAUUAGCUGAGCAGCUCACUAAAUGGGAGAUGCACCGAACACAAACCCAGUAUGACAACGCCUUCAUCUUCAAGGUGUUCAUCUUCCAGUUUGUCAAUUUCUACUCGUCUCCCUUCUAUGUGGCUUUCUUUAAAGGAAGGUUUGUGGGUUAUCCUACCAACUAUGGCACCUUGUUUGGGAUGAGAAAUGAAGAUUGUGGUCCUGGCGGCUGUCUCAUUGAACUGGCUGAACAACUCUUCAUCAUCAUGGUGGGAAAGCAACUCAUCAACAACAUUCAGGAGUUCAUUAUCCCUAAAGUGAAGGCCUGGCGCCAGAAGAGAUCUUUGGCCAAGGUGCUCGGGGGAAAAUCAUCCCAUGAACCUCGGCGCUGGGAGGAAGACUACCAGCUGGUGGAGUGUGAGGGCCUGUUUGAGGAGUACCUGGAGAUGGUGCUCCAGUUCGGGUUCAUCACCAUCUUCGUGGCUGCGUUCCCCCUCGCUCCGCUCUUCGCCCUCCUCAACAACUGGGUGGAGAUCCGUCUGGACGCCCACAAGUUUGUUUGCGAGUACCGCCGGCCGGUGGCUGAGCGCGCCCAGAACAUCGGAGUCUGGUUCAACAUUCUGGAAGCCCUGUCACACCUGUCCGUUAUCGCCAACGCUUUCCUAAUAGCCUUCACAUCAGAGUUCUUACCUCGCCUGCUCUACCAGUACAAGUUUGAUAAUGAGCUCAGUGGAUACGUCAACUUCACCUUGGCUUACGCACCGCUUAACUUCACAGAGUACCCCAUGUGCAGAUAUAAAGCAUUCAGAGACAACAAUGGAGACUACACACUGUUCUACUGGGAACUCCUUGCUGUCAGACUUGGUUUCAUCAUUGCCUUUGAGCAUGUGGUGUUCUUCGUACUGCGAGCCAUCGACUGGAUCGUGCCCGAUGUCCCCGAAUCCCUGGAGCUGAAGAUGAAGAGGGAGCGCUACCUGGCCAAGCAAGCUCUGGCCGAAAACCAGGAGGCCCUGUUGGUGAGUCGAGGCCGAGGGGCCGCCCCUGCCACUCCAGGCACCUCAAGCCCAGUGAAUGUUGCCGGAGGAGGACAGGUGAGUACCACACAACAGGUAAGUAAGUGGCAUUCUCAAGAAAGAUGUCAUUAUUUCAGUAAUCAUAGCAGAAUUGAUCACAUUUAAAUGAAUUCUAGUUUAUAACACAUUAAAUGGCCUUAAGUACAUAAAGUACAGUACAUACAGUACCACAACACAGUACUACCUGUUACCAUUUCCUGCCACAACUUCUAAAUCAAAUUUAAAUUCACAAAAUGUGAGGGAACAGAAUUCAUAAAUGUGAUGAAUUAGUACAUAAGUCUGUAAAGGAUAGGAGGCCCAAAGAGGUGCAGGGUUCUUGGCUCGUGCCAUUGUCAGGGGGCUUAAAAUUUCUAGUGGGUCUGCCUGUCUCUCUGUUUUGGAGCUAAUUGUCUUAGUUGCUAAGGAGGGGAGAGAUGUACAGUGACCGCAUGCAAGCUGAGGAGAAAAUGUUACUGCUGCUCAACUAGGGCUGGGUGAUACAGUUGAAGAAUAUUUUUCAGAUAUGUAUUGACCUAGAUAUGUAUUGCAUGGCAAAUCAUGUGUUCCACUGUAUUUCAUCACACACAACUCUUCAAAUAUGUUUAGUAAAAUCUUUGGUAAAACCUUUUCAUUCAUUUGGACAGCACAGUUUUAUAAGACAUAACACAAUAUUAUCUCACCAGUGUAAGUUAUCUUAUGUGUCUGUGUGUUAAUUAUGGAGUCAGCUUAGCUUAAGGACUGGAGGCAGGUAGCCUAACUCUGUCUGUUAGCAUAGUUGAUACUUUCCUCUGUCAGCACUGCUUUUAAUGUUUAACUUAGAAGUACAGCAGAAUGAUCUCUCUGGAAUGAAAUAAAAUAAUAUUACAUUCAAGCAGGAAGUAAACAGUAUGCAGCAGAGCAGUUCAAAUACAGCUUGUGUCAAAGUUCAAAUCCUGCACCUGUCCAAAGUUUAAAAAGAAACAUUUAAUUAAUUCAAUAAAGGCAUUUUAUGCCUUUAUUAUGGCAACAGUGGAGAGUCAACAGGAAACGGGGGGGGGGGGUAUCGAUGUUGUGGUUACAGUAUGUGGCAUGCGUCUUAACCAGUAGGCUACCGGGGCACGUCUUGUGUCUGGUUUCGUUAAUUUAUACAUGAACAGAAACUGAAUUUGUGAUUUUAGAAGGAGGUACGUGUUCUUUACGAGCAGCAGUUAUCCAUCAGCCAGUACUUCCUUCACUGCAUCUGGUUGCUAGAUAAAGUUGGAAAGUACAAGUUUUAGUGUUAGUCUCUAUAAAGGUACAAUGAUACUACACACAUCAUAUAUAUACACAUACUGCAUGUGAAUUAGUUACCUUUAGAGAUAUUAGUAGGUGUACUUUUUUUUUUUACUUUGGACACAGUUAGGCUUGCUGUUUCUUUCUGCUUCCAGUCUUUAUGCUAAGCUAAACUAAACACAUCCUGACUCCAGCUUCAUAUGUACAUAACACACAGACAUCAGAUUCAGAUCAGAUUGAUCUUCUCGUCUCAUUCUUAGGAAGAAUACAAAUAUAUAAAAAUGUAUUUCUCAAAAUGCUUUACAACAUACAGUAGUAGUUGAGGCAGUAUGUUUUAUUUUUUGCAGUGUCGCUUUUACGAUCAGCAUGUGCCACAAGAAUACAGUAUAGCAGCAGUGAGCAGUAAUUCAGUAUAUGUUGUGUCAGCUUUUUUUCUCUUUCCAUACAUCUUACAGUAGUCUGUCUGACAGACUAAUUCUCUCCUCUUUCUCCCUGUUCCUUCCCCAUUCCUUCCAUGUCCAAACCCAACUGCACUGCCUUCCCUGAAGCAAGCGACACGUCCUUUGGAAACAUGAGUUAGGACUCCAGCGUGGAACGGAGUGGUGGGAGGGAAG